UUUUCAAUCGGGGCUAAGACCCUGCCGAGCUAGAUUUGUCCGCAACCGGCGCUGCGAACACUAAAACCCUAACCCUAGAAUCCCUGUUGAUCGUAAACGCGCCCAAUCCCUUGUUAGGGUUUUGGCGAGGACGAAGAGGGAGGGAUGGGGCGGAGGAUCCUGAACGAGGCGCUGAGGAAGAUGGUGAACGCGGAGCGGAGAGGGAAGGCCACCGCCACCCUCAAACCUAUCUCCACCGUCAUCACCUCCUUCCUCCACAUCAUGAAGCAUCGAGGGUAUAUCAAAGAUUUUCAGGUCUUUGAUCCACAAAGAGUGGGGAAAGUUACGGUGGAAUUGCAAGGCAGGAUAAAUGAUUGUCGAGCUCUUACAUACAGACAGGACAUUAAGGCUAAGGAAAUAGAAAACUAUAGAUUGCGAAUGCUCCCAACACAGCAGUGGGGUUAUGUCGUGAUCACAACCCCUAAUGGCGUCUUGGAUCACGAGGAAGCUAUGAAGCAAAACGUUGGUGGCCAAGUUCUCGGUUACUUCCAUUGACAUAGAAAAGAGUUCAUUCCCAUCUUUGACAAUGGCCCUCGGACAGCGUAAAAAAUUGUUGUAACAAGUGCAAGUUUUCUUACGAAAAUUGGUUUCUUUUGUGGUGUUCAGGAAAUAGGGCAAAAUGCGCGGAAGUUAAAGACUACCUACCAAGCCAUUUGCUUGCUCUAGUUGGGCUAAACUUUUUGCUGUAACUCUCCAUAUAUGUUGGUUUCGUCGUUUUCUUUGAAAGUUGUGUUGUUAAAUAAGCAGUAACCCUUUUCUUCACCUUUCGAAGAAAUUAUGCAAUAUAUAUGUUUUUCGAAUGCUGGAUUGAUGUA